ACAGAAAGGGGAGCGCUGCAGGAGUUGAGCGGAGCUUCAGGUUAAUGGCACAGUCACAGAUGCACAGCCCAAAACGACUGAUGUUUGUGUGUCACAGAGCGUUAAAUCUCUCAGCUUUAUAAGAGAUCUUUCUACAGACACAAACUCAUGAAGAUGAAGACAUCUGUCCUCUGAAACCUCCACCUGAGGAACAUUUAUUACAACGAUCCAAAACUCCCCCAAAUAGUUCUAAUGGUGGUGCUUGUUUCCACACGAUCUCACUCUGUUUCUCCGCCUCAUUCUCGGGGUUGAUCAAGGAGAAAGCUGUUGAGCUACACCCACUCGGUUUUAACAAAUCAGAUGAAGAAGUUAUUCUGUCGGUCGGUGUGUUUGUGGGCAACGACUGUUACUGACUAACAGAGAUGAAACACUGAACACUUGAAUAACUUCACUGAUCAACAAACAUCUCAAACAUCUACACCAACAUGAAGACCAUCUCUUUACUCUUCAUCAUCUCUUUAUUCAUCAACGGUGCUGUGACCGAGUCAGUGACGGUGAAUAAGGGAUUUUCUGUCACUCUUCACACUAAUANACAAACAUCUACACCAACAUGAAGACCAUCUCUUUACUCUUCAUCAUCUCUUUAUUCAUCAACGGUGCUGUGACCGAGUCAGUGACGGUGAAUAAGGGAUUUUCUGUCACUCUUCACACUAAUACUGUAAUACAGAGUAAUGAUGUGAUCGAGUGGAGAUAUGGAUUUAAAAAUGAACCCCUGGCUAAAGUGGACAGAGGUUCAAUCUCAGUGUUUAACGGCUCUGAUUGGACAUUUAGUGACAAACUGAAGAUAAACAGUCAGACUGGAGAUCUCACCAUCAUAUACGACACAUUUGAAGUCAUUGGAGAGUAUCGUCUACAGAUCACUGGAGAGAAAACAAGAAAGACAUUCGUGCUUAGUGGUCGGGGUGGUUAUGGAGGUGAUGUGACGUCAUUGUCAGAGAUGGAGGGAGAUGAUGUCUAUCUGAGCUCUGGUUCAACUACUGAUAAUUAUGAUGUGAUCCGCUGGAGGUUUCAGAACUCUCCUCUAGUUGACUUUUACACAAAGACUAAAAACAUCUCAACACAUGAUGAGAGAUUCAGAGACAGACUCGAGUUAAGUUUCUUUGGAUCUCUCACCAUCACAAACUUGAGAACCAAUGACUCUGGACUUUAUGAAGUCAUUGUCGACAGCAAUAGCGGAACACACACCAUACACCAGUCAUACACAGUUACUGUCAGUGGUUAUACAGGUGAAGUGAAGCCAGUGUCAGUGCCGGAGGGAGAUUCUGUCACUCUACACACUGAAGAUCAAAUACAGAUGCAUGAUUUAUUAGACUGGACAUUUGGAAAGAAAGACUUAAUAUCGGGAGUGUCUGGAGGGUCCUAUGAUACUUAUAUUGAGAGAUUCUAUGGCAGACUGCAGGUGGAUGAUCAGACCGGAUCCCUCACCAUCACAAACAUGACAACUGAAAUCUCUGGACUUUAUCAACUAAAGAUCAGAAACCGACAAUCGGGGAAAUCCUUUAAAAAAAGAUUCAUGGUGACUGUCAGAGCUCAAGAUCGAUCUUCACAUGUGUCUUCAGGAGGAUCAUGUGUUGGUGUUCUGCUGGUGUUUGUGUGGUCACAGAUCAUCUAAAUCAAGAACACAAGAGGGUGUUGUGUACUGAAACUCAUUUGGUGGUGAUGGAUCUGAGCAUCUGUGUUAUUGUGUAAACUACUGCUCGGGCAUGUCAACUGGGAUUAUUUCACAAUCACAGAUUCAGAGUCAGUCGUCCUUUAAGAGAAACAACAGAUUGCAGGUUUGGUUAAACGAUCAGAUUGACUCUAUGUAUUCACUUUUGUACUCAUUUUUGAACAUUUAGUUUAUAACCUCUCAUAACCUCUCUCAUAGCUAAACCUUUCAUUAUUUUGGGCUUCACCUCAUACAGCCCUUUGUGACGAAAUAAAACCUGACAUUUGUGCCUAUACCAUUAAACUGUGUGUAUUUAAGACUAGUGAAGAGUCUUCAUUUGUAUCUUACUGUCUGCAUCAUAUAGCUGGGCUUGGAAUUGUAAGCUUUGGUCUUGUCACCCCCCCCAUAUAACCAAGAUAAGAAUAAUUCAGCACAGUGUUGUCACAUGUGGGCCAAACCACUUGCAUGCUUAAUGUUUUGCAGGGCUCUUGGCAGCAUCACUUUUAAAGAGUUUCUCCUGACGCAAUAUCUGAGUGAGAACAGAGCCAAUAGAAAAGAAAACACUGUGAAUUUAAGUGUGCUUGUUUAGUUUUAUCGAAAGAAAUCCUCCUGCGAGUGGAGACAUUAGCGCGCGCAUGGGUGCGCGUUAUGCGCUCUCGAAAUGAUUUUCUUAUAACGCCGGAACGGCUUGAAAUGAUUUAAGCUACUGUAUAAAGAAGAGACAUUUGCAUCUAAAAGUUGGUUUUCUGCCCUAUAUUGCAGGAUCCACCAGUGCGCGCAUGCAUACGCACGCAUUACAACAGGGUUCUCAUCAUUGACACCAGAGAACAAGCCUGUUCUUCAUAACUUUUACUUGCUAAUGCACUUAAACAUCAGCAAAAAACAAAGACAUUUGGCCUCAUAAGCCUCCAAACGUUUAACCUCGUUUUCCUGGAAGUUACGCUUUGGUUUGUCUGCAUUGAGAAAUAGAGAAAAAGGGAAAGGGGUGAGGAGAUAUUUAUGUGUUGAUACAAGAUACUUCAUGGCUCCGUCAAUAGCGCAUUGUGAUGGAGAGUUAACGCUGUCCUUGCAUGAUGUUCUUGUAAAAAAAAAACCUAAAAGAGUAGAAAUAUGAUAUAUGGCUUAAUUAUAAUCACAUAUGUUUUUUAAUAAAUGCUCCUUUUAAACAUGUAACUGUAGCUAUACUGUAGCAAAUUGUUCAAAAUAUUAAACUAAAAGUUAGUUUUAAACAAUUUGUUUAGAACAGAUUUUUAUUACAGUCAUAAACAGACACAAUACAAUAAAAGUGUAUUCAAAGUAGCCUAAAACAACAAAAUAAAUAUAACAAACGUGCUAUAAGGAUAAUAUAGCAAGGAUAAAUAAUAAACAAAUAAUGAAACUUGUUCAUUCGAAAAUUAGAAUAAAAAGGGAUUUUGAGUAAGAACAUUUUAUUUUAUAAACGUGAAAUUUCCCCAGUAAAAACGUAUAUACGUAAGCUGAGCCUUAUACCUUUAUAGGUUCCUUGAUUAUUAACAUUUUAUUUAUGUUUAUAGUAUUUUCUUGAGAAUCGAUUUCGUCAAAUAUGUGAGACUGGAUGUCUGUGUGGGAAAUAAUUAUUUGAUCCCCUGCUGAUUUUGUAAGUUUGCCUGCUUACAAAGAGAUGAAGGGUCUAUAAUGUUUAUGGUGGGUUUAUUUUACCUGAUAGAGAAAAUGUUAUAUAAAGGUUAUUGUUAAAUUUCUGGUUCCUUACAAACACUAAGUU